CUGGCUGGCAGACAUCAUACCAUAUUCUCUAUAUUCUCUAUUCUGCCCAGCCUUUAAUGUUCAGCAUUUAUUGACAAGGCAGAGAAUAAAAGGUAAGAAUUGUUUAUACAAACUUGAGACAGGAGAUUCUUGGUAUAAGCCUUACUAUGUUGUAUCCAGAUUGAAACAAGAUAGCAGGGAACAAGAAAUUAGCAUUUGAAUAGUAAGGGUAAACUUUACACGAUGUACAAAAUAUUAUGCCUAGGGAAAGAGUCUAAUUACCAAGAAUCAAAUUGUUUCCUUUAAAUUUCAUUUUUGGGGUAUGGAGAGAUGGCUCCAUUGUUAAGAGCACUUAACUACUCUUGCAUAGGACUUGUGUUUAGUUCCUGUCACCCACAUGGCAGUGCAUAACAGUCUGCCUCAGUUCAGAUUUUGACAGCUCUUCUGAUCUCCUUGAGGUCCUGCAUGAACUACAGUAUACUUAUGUACACUAAAGCACACACGCUUAAACAUAAAAUUAAAUAUAUACUUUUAAAUUAAAAAUAAAUCUCAUUGCUGGAUAAUAGCUUGGCCUCUUUCAAAUUUAAUUUAGGUAUGAUAAUAAGCAUUAUUUGAAAUCCCCAAAAAAUUUUAUGUUAAAAACUGAAAAAAUAAUUAAAUUUAGUUACUUGGUCUAUAUUUUUAAAAUUUCUUUAGAAACAUAAUUAUAAUUGCAUUUACUUUUAAAUAAUGUAUAUUGGCAUAUGAGAUCAUUUUGCCAAAUUCUUAAAAUUUAAUGCUUGAGAUCAACAAGCUGAAAUAUUGGACACUUCGAAAAUACAAAUAAUGCUUCACAACAGGCCAGCCAAUUAGACUAUUUCCAAUAAAUACAUAAUCAUGAAAAUUUCAAAGCAAAAAUAUUGUUUUGCAAUGCCUGGUUUUAAAUGUGUAUUUUUUUUAUUAUAACAAAAAUAAGAGUAUUUAAACAUGCAUCUAUGUGACAAUUAGUAUGUUUUAAAGGAAGGGAAAUUAACAAAAAAUAUUGGAGUUCUAAGGGGGUUGGGUAAAAGUGAUGAGAAUUAAAUGCUGACUAAUAGUUCGCUUCUUCCACUGAGCACCAUAUUUACGGUAAUUCUGAUGGCUAAGCUGUUGUUUAAGGGUCCAUGAAGACUGAAGGACCAGAUCCUGCUUAUUUCAAAAUAGGGGGAAAUGUUUUUUAGAGAGAUUUUUGAGUGAGAUCAAGAGAUAGCCUGACAUUUUUUUAAAGUGUUGUUAUAUUAGUGCGUCAGUCCCCACCGUAUAUGGGCAUUUGUUUUUACAUCCCGCGCUUUUUGCCCUUCGCCCUUGGCCAUCUUUUCUUCCUCUCCGGGGGUUGGGGGGAGGUACGUGUUGCAGAGCCGUGGGGGGAAGGGAGAGGCGUCCUGCGGGUUCACCGCUCUCCUAUUGGCCUACGCUGGGAGCCAGAGCGAGGCUCUAGUUGCCAAAGAGGAAGCGAGGGACGGGAGGCGGAGCUUGUGGGAAGGCGGUGCUAAAAAAAGCCUAACGGAAUCCAGACGCCAGUGCAAUUGUGCGCGCCAGGCUGCGACGGCGGCGGCGGCGGUGGCGUCGCCGAAAAGCUGUAGCUCAGCUGGCGAGGUCUUCCCCUCGGGAAGCUCCCUAAUCUGUCGCCUCCGCCGCCGCCUACGCGGUGGCAGCGGCGGCGGCGGCGGCCUUGCUGGUGCCUCCCUCCUCUGCCACCUCCACCCCUGCCUGCUCACUUGCCGGUGCUGUGGAGAAGGCGGCGGCAGCUUUGGCGGCUCCACUAUGGCGGCGGCGGGGAGGGGGGACAGUAGUUUUAAAGUAGACACCUGCCCUUGCCUCAGAGAAGGUGAGUUCCCGUCCCGGGACGCGAAGGUGGCCUGUUCGCCUUCGCCGCCAGUCUGCAGCCGGCCCGAAAUCCGGGCUGGGCGCGGUUCGACACCGCCCCACCCCCCACCUGCUGUGGCGCAGUAAAGGCCAAGCUCGCCCCGCCCCGUCCCGCCCUACUCCGCUGGGCUUGGUCCUGUCCCACCCCACCCUACCCCACCUCACCCCCUCCCUUUUUAGGCCCUAGAGUGUCAGAAGGACUGAAGCUGCAAGGGCAUCCCUAACCUCCCCUUCCCCCAAGGCCCUCAGGCAGAGAAAUGGCAGAUACUCUUAAGGCAGGAGUUUGAAGGGAAAAAAAAUAAACAUCAUUUUUGUCUUAGACGCUUGAGUGUGAAGUAGGAUGCUGAGGUGCUGGGAAUAGGAGGCAGAGCAGAAGUGCUGUGGAUCUCAAGGGCCAGGGGAUGGCAAGCAGGAGCAAAGAGGAGCUAUUAGAAAUUUAACAGGAACCCCCCCCCCCCAUCUCUCGUUGGCGAGAUUCAACAUAUUGCAAUGUAGAAAGCCAGUGAAGAAAGUCGGCAGUGAGAUGGAGUUAGCAAUUUGGGCAGGUUAGCUUGUGUACUUUAGCUUUCAAGUAGAAUUUGUUGGAUGGUAGGGUCAUAGGUUCCUCUCCAGCAAUGAGGCCUGUACUGAACAGAAACAGUGUUUGGCAGAAGCACAGAUUUCAGAAACCAUUUGGAGAAUUUUCUUUGGUAUUUGAGGUUAUGACCUAGCAAAACAGGGUUUAAGGGCCCAUCUUUAACAGUGUUUGGGUUCAAGUAAGUGUUGUCGUAUCUGCCAACACUUACUAUGCCAAACAUGGAGAGCUAUCUCUUGACUGUUUGAAUAGAAGCGACCUUUCACACAGGCUAUUAUGUAUCUGUGAGCAGCCUCCUAUUAGACUGUGAAAUUUGCCAUUGCAAUGUGUUUUAAAGCAGUUUUGGAGAUGUUCUUAAAUGGUUAAGACUGAUUCUGCUGCAGAAGCGCUCAGAUUUAAUAAUUACUGUAAAAUAUUUUCUGGGUUACCUUAUCUUGCUCAUGGGCAUCCGAAGUGAAAGAUUGUGAAUGUAAAAACAGAUAAAGACACUCAUUAAAAUUAACCUCAUAAAAUAAUUUCCAAUUUAUAAAUUAUAUAUCCUUGUGUGCAAUUCUAUAAUAUUUCACGUCUUUCACUUUGGUGGAAUGGCAAAACAAAAAAAAUCCCCCAUAAUAUUUGCAAUGGGCACAUUAUAUUAGUGUCAUCUACUAAAUAUGGAAAUUGGGACUCCACUGUGAUAUGAUCAUGCUUUAUUAACAGUCUAACUGAAGACAAUUUUUGAAAGAGUAAUGUCUUCAAUCAGCCAUGAAUUAUCCCACGGUUUGGAAACUCCUCGGCUUUUAUAUUUUCAAGGGGACUUUGUGGCUGUUUUUUCCCUUUUCCUUUUUCUUUUCUUUCUUUCUUUCUUUUUUUUUUUGUUUCAUAUUGAAACAUGGUCUGUGUACUUCACACUUGCCUCAAACUAGCAGUGAAUUGAUCCUCCAGUCUCCACUUCCUGAAUGCUGGGACUACAGGUUUGUGCCACCACUCCUAGCUUUUAAUUUAUAUAACAAACUUUGUCCAUAGCCAGCAAAUAGGUUAGAGUGGUUUUGUAGGCAUGGAACAAUUUUGGCUCCGGUGAGCAGUUCAUAGUAAAGUUUAGAGACAGUGUUUCAUAGCAAAAUGCCUUUUUGCCUCAUGAUGUAACUUCUUUGGUUACAGUAUUUUUGAAUAUAUGCAAAUAAGAAAAGCACUGUAAGAGAGAGCAUUUCAGGGGCCUGGGUGACUGCACAGUAGGAAAAGGAGACUGUGCCAAGCUUCAGAACUGGAGUUUAUUUCCAGGAGCCCACAUGGUGAAAGGAGAGAACUAACUCCUGCAAGUUGUCCUCUGACACACACACACACACACACACACACACACACACACACACACAGUGGCAAAUGUGGACUCAAACAAAAUGAAGAAAAAAAGAAUUUAAUAAAGUCAAAACAAUAUCUGGAGUCUGGCACAGUAAAUACAGAUUAUGAUGUUCAUAAAACUACUAGACUUUGUGAUCCUGAAUUGGUCCCAAAUUUCUUUGAUUUGGGCUUUCAUGUCUAAGUAAGGGACUUAGAGAAGACAAACUCUGAAAUUAAUUCCUGACGUGAAAAUAUGAUUGAUGAUUUUGAAGUUUAUAUUGUUAUUUCUUUUGGUGGAAUGUGGUGGCUGUAUACAAAAAUAAUAACUCAUAAAUCAUGAGAAACCUUGACGAUAGUUACCACUUCACACUCAUUGAAUAGUGACGUCUGUGUUGAAAUACUGUUGAUAAAUUCUAGAAUAUAAACAAAGAAAUGUAACUGUAAUCUCAGAUUGUCUGCCCUUUCAUUUUAGUUAAAUAUUCUUCAUAAACUCUGCAGUCCAAACUAAAAACACCUUACAUUUUCAUUUAAAAAUGGUAGAUGUUUAACACAUUGUAAUAUUCAAACACUGUUAGUCCUCAGAAUUUUGUUAGAUAUCUAUAAAACACUAUUUUCUAGCAACAAUGUAUAAAAGACAAGGAAAAAGUCUUGCUUAGUUGUGUGCUAAUGCAUUUUUAUUUUUCUAAAUUCUAAUUAAGAUACAGCUCUGAAAUAUGUCAGAGUAUUGUCGGGGUCACCAUUAUUACAAGAUCACUCCUGAUAAAAUCAUUAAAACUGGUUUGAAAAAAAUUUGCUGGCCCAUUUACAAUUUGUAGCCAACCUUCACAAAAACAAGCAAAUGUCAGUAGACAUAAAAAUUGUCAUAUAGGGGAUGUUAAAAUUUUUAAGAAAUUCUACUGGAAUAUUGAACAAUAAACUUAAGCAAAAGAAAUGCUAAGUAAUAGGCAAAAGGACAAACACAUGAAGAAUUCAUGGGUAAGGGGAGCUGAGUGGUGUUUUAGGACAUGCUAUAUUUCAUUAGGUGAAGUUUUUCAAAACUAUUUAUGACAAAGUGAAUUCUGAUCCAGGAGUGACUCUACAUAUAUUUGUAGUUAACCUCCCUUGCAUAUUUGUUUUUCCCUUUUAAAUAUUCGUAAUUUAGAUGGGAAAACAUUAUACAUUUCAAUUUGUUUGUUAAAUGGUUCCUAUGGCAAUUACCUUUCCCAUAGCAAUUACAAACCACUUUCCUUUGUCUCCCUAUUGUUCAGUAAAACUUUGGGUCAUAUGUCAUUAAGUCCUCCAUCAGAAAACCUAGUUAAUGGUCUUUCCUUCAUUUACUAAGUAAUCACUGAAUGCCAGCGUGUGUGAACCAUACUGGCUAGUGCUAAGAACCUACAGAUGAAUUAGAAAUAUCUGUAAUGGGCUUGGGCAGAUGACUCAAUGGUUAAGGGCACUUACUGUUCUUCCAGAGGACUCUAGUUUAGUUCCCAGUGCCCACAUCAGGUGACUUAUUAGUGUCUGUAACUCCAAUUCCAGAGGAUGUUAUGCCUACUAAUGCAUGCACAUGGCAUAUGUUUAUGCACAUACAUACAAAACCAAGUAAAAAUAAUAAAUAAGUCUCAUAUAGCUCUGCAAAGAACUCAAUAAUGGUCUGUGAACAUAGAUAAUUUGCUGUUUGAUUCAAAAGCAUAAGAAUCUGAGUUCUAUCCCUCAAAACCCAUGUAAAACCAUCUAUGGUGGUGCACAAUUGUGAUCCCAGCAUUGGAAAGGCCGAUGCAGGAGGACAACUGAGGCUCGCUAGCCAGCCAGUCUAUCCUAAUAGGUGAGCUCCAGGUCAGUGAAAGUCCAUGUCUCAAAGGACGUGGAUGGCAUUCCUGAGGAAGACACCAGAGGUGUCUGGCCUCCAUAUGCACAGACACACACACCAGUGUACAUACAGAUGCCUAAGGAAAAAGGGGGUCAAAAGCUUGGUAGUAUUGAUAGUAAAAUUAUAACACAAAUAAAAAAGUGGCAAAGUGUAGUUUUAAACAUAACUGGUCAGACUCCUGAACUUUCAGUACCAUUCAUUGUUCCUUAUGAAUCUGCUUCUGUGGUAUCUUAGUACUAAAAAAGCACAUUAUAUUGUGAGUCUAAUAUUCAUAUCUGUCAAAAUAAUUAGUAAACAAUUAAAAUUCUGGUUCCCACAUUUGGCACAUUGGAGAUGUCUCGAGUGAGACAAACGACCUAUUUUAUUAUGUUUGGGCCCCCUGAAUUAUAUCAAUAUGUAAAAAAAAUCACUAAUCCUAUUCUUAGCCUACUUAUACAUUUCAUAUGUGCUAGGAUAGAGCCAUAAUAUUUUCCAUCCGAAACAAUCUUUCACAUUCAUUCACAUUCACAUGUAUUAAACUGUUGGCAUGAGUAGCAUAUAUGUAGUGGCUGUCUGAUAUAAAGCAGCUGUCAUGGGAUCAUAGAAAUUAAAUUUAUACAGGCCUUAGCUCUAUUUCUGGAUCUAUCAGCAUGACUGCCGAGGUUCCUACCACAAAUACUUAUCGUUACAAUGGUCAGAUGCUCGAGGUGCCUGAAGAAGACACAAAUAUUCAUCAUAAAUACUGUAUUCCCAAUCAUUUUAAUUCUGCUUUAUUUUGUUGUUGUUGAGGUACCAUGGAAACCCCUGCACUGACUGUGAUGACCUCAUAAAAUUUCAAGAACCUGUCAAACUCAUAAGCCAGAAGCUAUUGUAAUCACCUUAAAACUAAAGAUGCAAAAUAGCACUAGAGCUGUAAUAAUUUGUCAUGCUAACAUGUACAUAUGCACAGUACUAGUAAAGUUGAUAUUUCUGAGUACUCUUUAAAUGGAAUGUAGCACUAGAGAGAAAAGAGUGUUAACAAUGGUACAGCAUGGCUGCUCAUUUUCUUCUACCCCAGGACUAUGCUCUGCUCAUUUUUUCCUAUGAUUACGAUGCUAUAAAAGGAAUACAAAAGUCAAGUUAACUCUUGCCAAAAAUCCUAUUUAAUGAAGAAUGCUUGAGGAAAAUUCUCUCUAAAAGUCUAUUCACAGAAAAUAUAGCACAUAUGUCUUUGCAAAAGCAAAAUUAAUAUUUCACAGAUUUUCUGUGAAUAACAAUGAGAUUUGUGUAUAUAGUAGUACUGAGUUCAUUCUUUUGGGAUUUUUCUCUACUUUUGUCACUAUCAAAGUAUAAUAUAUAUGCUUUUUACAAUGCUGUAUUUCUUUACAUCAAGAUCACUUAGACUGAAACUCACAAUUCAGCAAAGCAUUAAAAUAGCUAAUAUUAAGUAAUUUUAUAAACAUCUGGGUUAUCCUAAGGAUAAAAUUUGGAUAUUUUGUACAGCAAAGCAAAUUGUCAUUUGAGAAAUACAAGAUUUAUUUUAUUAUAUAUAGCCAAUUAUAUCUAGAAUCACCUAGUUUGCAUAAGUUUCAAUUUAUCAGACUAACCAAAGAACAUUUCAUUACAGUAAACAAAGAAAAUUCUCAUUUCCAGAACUGAAGAAAUAGGAUAACCUUCCAUUUCCUUUCUUCAGAAAUACUCUAUGGUAUAUAAUUCCAUAAGUGAAAUUGGAGCAAAACCAUUAUUCUUUUCUGACUUCUGCCCACUACAGAUCAAAGUCCUUAAACUCAUUGCAAGUUAAUUAUGAAAGUAAUAUUUUCUCAAAUUACAUAAACCUUCCAUGUAAGAAGAAAAUAAAACAGUAAAACAUCUUCUUAAGGUGGGGGUCUUACUGUGCUUCUCUGGCUGACCUCGAACCCUCUCUGUAGAUCAGGUUAGCCUCAAUCUCACAGAAAUGUACCUGCCUCCUCAGCACUGGGAUUAAAGGCUUGAGCUACCAGACCCCGGUAAAACAUUUUUGUUCUCCAACCAAAGACUGAAGCCACACUUAAGCAUAAAUUCAUUACAUCGAAUGAACUUUCUUAUUGAAUACCUUUUAUACUUUGUCACAAAACUUCUGUUUCAUUUCAAAUAAUCCUCCUAACCGUGCAAGAGAGGAUCAGUGACUUCAUGCCAUCAAAAAAAAAAGUUUAUCAAGUAAAGUCAAGUACAAAAUAAAUUUUAGAAAUUGAAAUCUGAAAGGUUAGCCUUGUAAACAAGUAACUACAUGGUAGCAGAAAGAAACCUGCGAUGUUUCUCUUGGUCUGAGCUCGUUUUUUUAGUUUGUAUUUUAACAUUUUUUUAUGUAUGUGUGCUCUGCUGCAUGUACAUAUACAUGCUAGAAGAAGGCAUCAGAUCCCUUUAUUGGUGCUCAUGAAUCAUGUGGGUCGUGGGACUUGAACUCGGGAUCUCUGGAAGAGCAGGCAGUGCUCUUAAUCAAUGAACCAUCUCUCCAGCCCCGGUCUGAUGCUUUUUAUAACUCAUUUCAUUUGAAAUUAGGUAGCUUUUUAAUUUCAUAUUUACCCACCAAUCAAUAUAAGGUGCAUUUUCUAUAUUAAUAAGGAAGAAGAAAAUGGGAAGAGUAUAAAAAGGGGAAAGAAAGGGAGAUAUGCAUGCCUCAGGUUCCUUCAGCUUUGCCUCAGUUCUAAAUCCCAGUUCUUUGACAAAUACCUUAGUUUAUGGGCUCAAGAGUUCUCUGGGAGCUAGUUCUUUGAAAGAAGUCUUUUCUACUAGGCAGUUCUAGUCACUUGGGUCACAUCAAGCAAAUUGGCUCUCCCUCUCCCAGCAGCUCUCACAUGCCAAUAGCUUCAGCCAAAAUAGCUUCUCUUCCAGGAUACAUUUGUUUCUUACAAAUGUCCAGCCUAAAGAAGAAGUCUGCCAUUCAACACUACAACAUUUUUUAAUUGUUUAUUUUAUUUACAUUUCAAACGUCCCCCUUUCUGGAUUCCCCUCUGCAAACACCUUAUCCCAUUCCCUUUCCCCCUGCUUCUAUGAGGGUGCUCCCCCACCCACCCACCCACUCCUGCCUCAUUGCCCUAGCAUUCCCCUACACUGGGGCAUCAAGCCUUCACAGGUCCAAGGACCUCCUCUCCUACUGAUGCCAGAUAAGGCCAUGCUCUGCUACAUAUGUAUCUGGAGCCCUGGACCCAUCCAUGUGUAUUCUUUGGUUGGUGUUUUAGUCCCUGAGGGCUCUGAAGGGUAUGGUUGGUUUGAUAUUGUUCUUCCUAUGGGGUUGCAAUCACACUGCAACCUUUUUAAGAACUAGCUCUCGGGGGAAGUCUUGGGCACAAUUAGAUUUGAAUCCUGGCUCUAAACCAUGAUAGAUAUGUGACUUUGAGAAGAUCACUAAUCUCUCUGAGCUUCACUUUUGAAUAGAUAUAUUCCCAUUCAUGAUGAAUGUAGGGGGCAUGCGGCUUGAAGGAAAACUGUAUCGCAUAGAAUGGUCCCUAAGAAACAAUAAAUUUGUUCUCAGUAAAACUCCCAACUUCCACAAUCAUCCUGAUAAUAAAUUUAAAACUUAAAAACAUUGCUUUUAAUUUGGGGGAAAAUGGUUCAUGUUGACAUAUGCCACAGCAUGAGAAUGGUAGUCAGAGAACAACCAAUAGAAAUAAGUUCUGUCAUUCCACCAUAUGGAUUCUCUGGGAAUCUUUAGACCUGGAAGCAAGCACCAUUGCCAAGUGUACCAUCUCCCCAACCCAAAAGAGAUUUUAAAAGGCUGAAGUGAUUAGUUGAAUAUAGCAAGGCAAAAUGUAAAUGGAAUAUAAAUUUAUAUUGGAUCUGUUUUAGAGUCCAGAAGUAUUUUUGCCCAUAUAAAUGUGUUUUUGAGGAAUACAGUCUAGUCAACUCCAGGUGGAAUAAAACCAUGUAUUUGUCAGACAUCAGCAGAAGUGUGAGUCAGCAAUAUGGUGUGACAUUUUCUUGGGCUACAUUAACAGAAGACGAGAUGUAUUCAAAAUAAGGGAUUACGUAUACAUAACACUACAUGCUUGAACCAUAUAUUUAAAAUGAUCACAAUGUUAAAUUUUAUUUUUUUCAGAAUUAGCAAAAAGAAUAUGGAGCAGAAUGCAGUGGUCUCUCAUGUAAUAACAGCACUUAGGGGGCCAAGGGUAUAAGGCCAAGACCAGCCUGAGUUACAUAAUGAGAUGCCUUCUCAAAACAGAAAAACAGCAACAAAAGAAUGGUCUCUUUUACUGGUCAUUAUGACAUCGUUAAGGAGAUUUGUGGUUAAGCUACAUACCACGUGAAAGAACUAUAAUUAAUUCACAAAGAAAUAAAGAGAAAGGAAAAGAAAAACAUUAUAAUUGUAAAUAUUGAAGGAAUUUUAUACAGGACAAAGGGGGAUUUAUACUUACUGUGUGUUAGGAAAUCAAAGUUGAUCUAGUGGAAGCUCUAAGAAGUAUUCAAAGUAUUGUUCUUGUACCAGCACCAUCGGCGGUAUUACAGAAUCGGUGAGCAAUUCCUAGCUUGAGCCCUACCCCAGAACUACUGAAUCAAAAAUUUUAGGUAUGGAUUUUGGUGCUACUUCUUAAUAUCUCUCUACUUUCUAAGUGCUAAGAUUAUAGGUUUUUACCUCAAUUCCCAGUUUAUGCAGUGCUUAGGAUUGAACCCAGGACAUUAUGCACUGCCAGAUGAGUCCCAUUCCCAACCUUGAAACCCUGAAUAAGAAUAGUGCUGCAUUAAACUGUGUUCCUGAAAAUUUGACAUUCAAUUACAUUUGAAUUGAUUAAGACAACUUGCUAUUUAUAUAAAGUAAACACUAAGUAUCUUUUUGUUUGACCUUUUAUUGAUAUCGGUAAUUUUUAUUUAGAGUACAAAUAAUGCAACUCUUCAUGACAUCUUAAUACAAACAUAAUUGUUGGGAUUUAUUCAUACUUCCCUACUCUUCUCCUCUCUUUGCCCUUAGGUUUUCUUUUCUCUUUCUACCUUUCUUUCUGCUAAAUAUAUAUUUAAUAUUUGUAGUUCUUUGCCCCAUUAAUCUCUUUUAUUCUCUUCCUAUUAUCUAUCCCCUUUAGACCCCUUCUUUCCUCCUCAUGGUCUACCUUUAGCUUUCAUGUCAUAUAUGUAUAUACAUAAUUAAAUAUACCGCAUUAUAGAAUAAAAGUAUUUCAGGUAAAUAAUAACGGAAAACUUAGAUUGGAACAAAUAAUGACAGGAUUCAUUAGGGCAGUUGGAUUUAAUUCUAUAUUAAAUAGAGGAAAAUUAAUGAUUUUACGUGGGUCUUUAAUAAAAAUUAGAUAUAUAACUGGGUGGUGGUGGUACAUAACUUUGAACCCAGCACUUCAAGAUUGGAUUAUCACUCAUCUUUUAUAAUUUCUCAUUUUUAUGUAUUUCAGUUUGUAUACACUAAAUUCAGGACUUCAACACUUGCAUGGCACACUAAUAAAGAGAAUUUGCCAGUGGUAUAACUGUACAUGGUAAGGUUGAAUCUCCACCUCUUAUCAGGAGCAGGCUCACUUAAGCUUAACUGUAUUAGAUAUAAAUGGCUACCAUGUUGAUAACAAAUGCUAAACUCAGCCUUUAAUGCCCUUUGCUUUUGAGAGAUGAACCUUUCGUUUAUAUAUCUAUAGCCACUUUUGGUUCAAGCCUCAAGCCUACAACUGACAUCUACAACUAAUUGAGAUAUCCAUGUUAAGUUACACAUUUCUCUCUAGUAUAAAUUUAAAUGCCCUAUUGUCACUUGUCAUUAUUCGGUUUCAAUAUUAUUAUUAUUUUUAUUUAUAGCUUAGUGAGAUUCCAUUGUUUACAUGUAAUUUAAGCUUGUUAUCUAUAGAUAAGUUUAAUCCCAGUUCCCUCUGCAAGAUUUCCUGUACCUUCUUAUAUCUUUUAUCACCUGAAACAUUUUGGUCUGAGGAUUAUAGCUUGUCCAUAUACACCUUAUCUUGUUAAAUUGUACUUUCCUUAGAGUUAGGAACUAGUCAUUUCCAACAUGUUGAACAACUGUAUAUGAAAGCAUCAAGGUAAAACAAAGGUUUAUGUACCAGCUUCACCAAAGAAAACAUGGAAGUUUAUUUCAGUUUCACUUGCUGCUAGUUUCCUGACUCAGAAUGUACAAAGGACUAAUGACUAUAUACAUUUGUGUUAUGGUCUAAGGGUUUAAGACAAAAAGAUCCUGAAUUAUAUUAAUCUUUUUCUUCUUCCUUUUAAAAUAUGUAACAUGAAGCUAAGCAUAAUUAGUAUUAGUAAAGCUAAAUCAUGUUGAACUCUACAAAGGGAAUGAACUAAAUAUUGGUAUAGGGAAAUCAAACAAAGACAUAGAUGGGAAAAAUAUCAUGUCAGAAUUGUUAGGAAUCAGUGGAAAGAAUAGCUGAGAUUUUAAACCUGGGUAUAUUAUACCAUUUGAUAAACAAAAAUAGAACAAAUCUCAUUUGAGGAAGUAAGUUGAAGACAGCAAGUCUUAGCAGUAGUAUUUUAAAGGAAAAUAUAUAAUGGAGUAAACAUCGAUUGAUUUAUUAAGGAAGAGUGACAACUCUCAAGAGUGGGAGAAGCUCCCAUAUGGGGAAUGACUGUUUCUUCUUCAAGAAAUUUUCCUUCAGUAACGUUACUUUGCCACUGAAGGAAUGCCUGCCCAAAAAUUUGUGACAGGCUGCAUGACGUGAUCCUCAAAAAGGCUCACUGCUAAUGUCCCUGCACAGGCUUUUCUGCAUAGGUCAGCUAAUGGGCAUACCCAAGUUCUCAGGGUUGUCCUGAACUCUGAAUCCAGUGGACUUACUGGUCAGUUAUUUGGGGAUGGACCUAGAGCCUGGAUUUUGGACUUGCACUGACCAGCCUAAAGUCUGGGAAUUUCAGUUUCUGGGAACUGAAUAAGUAAAUAAGGGCUUAGUCUAGGUCUUGGAGCUCCAGUGGCCAGCCUGGGUACUGUUUAUACAAAAGUGAUGCUGGUAGGUCUGUGGGGAGAUGCCCAGCACAAAGAACUAGCGCCACACACCCAAACAUUAAUCUUCUAAAGCAUGACUGCAUAUUAUAGCAUGGAGGGUGACCAUGCAGAUAUUACCCUAUGGGUAUAAGUCCCUAUUUGGGACUGUGGCAAACUAAACUUUCUGUCCACACAUAUAUGUCUGUAGUUUGUAUCCAAAAGGGCUGGCUUAGAGGUUGGAGGCCGAUGUAGGGUAGCUUGAUGGACCAGGACUUAGAGGAAUCACCAUGGUUGUUAGGCUAGCCUAAAACUCAAGAUUGUUGGUGUCAGUCUGGUGCUAAGGGGAACUAAAAUUAUUGCACAUCCCAAAAGCCUGAGCUACCAGGAUCCAGACAGUUUCCAGAGCUGGCUUAGAGACCCAAUCUGGAGACAGCCACCUGAAGUCUGGAGCAUUGUGGAGCCUGCAGGGUGAUAGCUUUUAACAAAGUGUGCCCACUAUUAGGGUUGAAAGUAAAACACGAUUUUUAUUACCUGCUUCUUCACUUACACAUUAAAUACCUUUCUUUAUUCUGUACCAUCUAGGAUUUGAGAAGGAAUGAUACAGGUUAAACAAAAGUUUCCAUAUUAUACUAUUCAAUAUUCUUUAUUUCUGAAAUUCACCCAGGUACUGUAAUCUACAGGCCGAUUUCCUCAAUUCCUACAAAGGUAUUUUAUGAGUGGAUAAUUAUUUGAAUUGAGGCCCUACCAUUGUGCUGAUAUCUAUCCUCACCAUAUAUAGAAAGUUCUACAUGCUUUUUAUAAAACAAAAGCUAUAGGGAGUAAAAUGUUAAUUAUUCAUCUCUUGUCUGCCCUCACUUUCAAGACAUAAAUAUGUUUAAAUUUGAUCAUUAUUUUAUACUAUUAUUAUAUUUAUAUAAUUAUAAUUUUAUAAUAUAAAUAUAUAAAUUUAUAUCAUUCUGUAACUUUCUGUAUCUAUAUCAUUCUGUAACUAUUAUAUGAUAUAAAUUUAUAUAAUUCUGUAACUUUCUAUGUGUAUAUGUACGUAUAUCAUGUUAACAUUGUUAGAAAUUGGGAAUAUUGUAUUUUAAUAAAACUUUUAUAUAUUUAGUUUAUCACCCAUAAAAGUAUUUGUUAUACAAACUUACUCAUUUAGCCAAAUAAGAAGCAAAAGUUUGUUGAUUUUGAUUAAUAACCUAUAGAUAAACCAAAAAACAUUGGCAGCAGAAUACAGUAGAGCUAUUAAGGACAUUAGAUAGAAGUUUGGAACUAAAGUGUAGAUAUAAAACUAUUGGUAUGCACUAUUUAUUACAGACAAUACACUACAGCAUAAAUUUCUUGAAUGUAGUAGAUGAACAUUACUUUAUAUAUUUGGAGGUAAACGUAUGUGAGAUCUGUGUGUACAAAUAAGUGACCUAGUAUUUUUGGAACUGUAGGAGAGAUUUGACCAUCAUAGACAAUGACUUUUAGAUAAUACUGGGGCUGUAUCUCAAAGGAUAUGACAGUCUUACAUAGGUACCUCAGGAUUUUCUUAUAUUUCUUAGGAUUGCCUUCUGUUAAACAAAACAUCAAGGGUUUUUACAUUCAGCCUUUCAUUACUAUUCCUUAAAUCAUUUUUGAAGUUCAUCAAAUUACUUGUAUCAACUUAACUAUUCCUUUAGAAUGUUAUUGCCUAGACUUAACCAUUCUAAAUUGGUCAUUAUUGUCAUAUUAUACUGUGUGUGUGUGUGUGUGUGUGUGUGUGUGUGUGUGUGUGUGUGUUAUGUGCACAUUGAAUGGUGUAUUUGAGGAAAAGGCUGUUACCACAUACCCCCAAACAUAAAAAUUUGAUUAAUUCAAAUUUCAUUGAUACAAUAGAUGAUAUGAUAGCUUUUUUCUUCACUUUAUUGAUAGAUCCCACUGGUGAUGGACAAGAGCGAUCUGCAUAUUUUACAGAUAAUUUUUGUAAAGCAUGUGGAGUGGUUCUACAGCAUGAAUCAGAAAGGAUUUCACAUUUUGAGAGUGAAAUACAUGCUCAAAAUGUUAAGUUCUCUUUUCAAAUGCACGGAGAACAGCAUGAAGUGCCUGGUAGGAAAGUGAGCGUGCAUGUUGGGAAUUCUCAGGUGUACUCAAGUGGAGAAGUCAACAGAAACAAAUUUCCUGGUCUCUGCAACAUGAGCUUUGACUCCACAGCUGCUGCUCCAUCUCACUAUGUGGGAAAGAGCCAUUCUCAAACUCAGAAGCAACUACUGGAAGAACGUGGUCGAGGGUCUCCAUCUGCAUGCCCAUCAAAGAUGGAUAAACACAGUACUACUCCAGCACCACCAACCUUCCUGAAGUCUGUUAUUGUGAAGCCUCCUCCAGCAUACAGAAUGAGAACCUACGUAUGCCAUAUCUGCAGUAUCACCUUUACGUCUUUACAUAUGUUCCGGUCCCACAUGCAAGGAACUGAACAUCAAAUUAAAGAAUCUCAUGUUAUCAACCAAGUGAAGAAUUCAAAGAAGAUGCAGGAGUCUUACCAAGGCGAAUGUGGAGACUACAGCAAAAUGAAGGAGUCUAGGGAACUAGAGCCCACGGCCCACUUCAGGAAAAUGGAGGAUGAUUACAUGGAAGCCCAUGGAUACAGAGAAAUGGUUGAUUCCAGACCCAGACAUAAAAGGUUUGAACAAAAUCCUGCACUUGAAAAUUUCUGGGCACAGCCAGGACCAUACAGUGAUUCUAGAGCAGUAGAAGAGCAGGUGCCUCACUGUUUACCAGCAGAGUCAAAGACAUAUGACUCUUUCCAAGAUGAACUUGAAGAUUACAUCAAAGGGCAGAAGGCCAGAGGACUCGAUCCCAAUAUUAGUUUUAGACGCAUGUCAGAAAGCUAUAGGCACAGGGAUUACAGGUACAGAGAAAGGGUUGAUUGUGGACCCAGGCAGAGGCCAUGUGAGGAAAGAUUUUCAUUUGAGGCUCCACAGACCUACGAGCAAGAAUACAAUGGUUCCCCAGUGGAAGGCCAGUUCCCUCACUGGUUACCGCCUCAUUCAAAGAGGAGAAAUGAUGAUUUCCAAAACGAAUUUGAUGAUUAUAACAAGGUGCAAGAAUCUAGAGAAUUCAAGCCAAAGACUUCUUUUAGAAGAAUGGAUAGUUCUUUUGAAACCCAUGAUUACAGAGAAAUGGUCGACAGAAGAUCCAGACAUACAAUGUUUGAGGAAAGAGUCCCAUGUGACACUUUCCAGACUUAUCCAGAUCCAUAUAACAGCGCACAAGCAGUAGAAAGCACGUUACCUCAUUGCUUUCCAGCUUAUGAGAACCAACCGAGCCUAGACUCUGAUAGCUACUAUCAGCUUACCAGAGAUGAUUUCUCAGAAAUGCCUGUUUCUCUGAGCCUUACUCAAGAAGAAAAUAACCCUGGCUCAUACAAUGUAGACUAUGACAUUUACAAGCAUCUGCCCUCAAGUGACAAUGCCAGUGCCCAUGAAACAAGUCAUAAAAGGCGACAUCAGAAGAGAAGACGACACCUGGAGGAAGGGAAAGAAAGGCCAGAGAAGGAGCAGUCCAAGCAUAAAAGAAAAAGAAGCUAUCAGGAUAAAGAUUUAGACAAAGACAAGAGCGCUGAGCAAAGUAAAGGAGAGGAAGAUAAAGCUAGAGUCAGUGCUGAAAAAAUCAAGCAUCGAAAAAAGAAAAGAAAACAUGAAGCAUCCUCAGAGAAAGAAGAACGUAAGCACAAAAAAGAGAAAAAGAAGUCUGUUGAAGAAAGAACAGAAGAGGAAAUCCUUUGGGAUGAGUCGAUUCUUGGGUUCUGAACCUAAAGUAUACCAAGAAGGACUAAAACAAAGUGAUACUCAUUAGAUAAUGACAUGAGUAAGCAGUGAAGUCAAGGAAAGGGAGGUGCAGAAUCAGCACAGAAAACCUUUGCAUUUGCUUGUUUGCAAAAAUUGAAAUGGAACAUGAGAAACAAUAUACAAGACAUCUAAAUCCAGCAUUUGAGGUAAACCUACUUAAAGAAUUUGAACUUUUAGUUUUCCUUACAGAAGAGUAAAUAAGGAAACUAGUUGGGGGGAUCUGAUGAAAUGAGUGGAGAAAUUUUAGAUAAAACUGAGUGCUUCAGAUGAAGAGAAGGGUUAAAGUUGGUGUCCAUUCAAGAAAACAGUCUCUCUGUGUGUAUGUAUAUAUGUGUGCUUGUAUAUAUGUGUGUGUAUAUAUGUGUGUGACCGUGUGUUUGUGUCCUCUGCUCUGCUCUGCUCUGCUCUGCUCUGCUCUGCUCUCCCACCUACUUCCCCACCCCUCUUUUUCUGGCACUCCCUCCUUUCAAAAUGUAAUUGAAAGAAGAACCACAAACUCUAAACCUAGCCUUCACAAAGCAAGGACGCAAUGCUAAGCGGGUGAGCAGAGAAGAAACCUGCUGAAGAGAAAGCAGAAGCUUCACUGUUUUCUACUUUACAGUUUUGUUACCUUAAGGUUGAAGAAAGGUUGAAAACUUUGGUUUUCUGAAAUUUUUGUUCUUUGUGUAUUUGUACAUGUGUACAGUUAAUCUCUAACAAAAGCCAGAUGAAGUAAAAUUAUUCAUUCUGCUUUUUAAAAGUCACUUUCUUUGACUUUCUAAGAAAGAAAGCUUACUCUAUUGCUUAUGUAUUACAUGGUUUUCUUAAAGUAGAGGUGUUUCUACUUUGUCCAUCAAGUUGUAAUAAUAAUAAGCUGUUUGCUCAUGGAAAUAAUAUACUUAAACUGGUGAGUUACAAAGCCGUCUACAGCCAUACCACCCUGAAUUUCCCCAGUCUUUGAUUUUGGAAGAACGGUCAGGCCUGUGAGAGACCAGCCUUCCAGAAUCCAUUCCUUUUUAGAAUUUGUGUUAGUAUUGGUGGUAUUUUACUACUGUCGUGUGUUAACGUUUCUGUUUUCUCCAAUGAAAAUGUAUGAAGCCGCUUAGACUUUUUUGUUAAAUCUAAUUUGCAGUGUAUUUUUGUAUUUUCUAGUUCUGAAAGUGGAAAAUUGGUGUAUAAUAAAUUAGAUGAUAUAUACUUUUAAAAUGUUCUUGAAAAGGGCUGAUAGAAAUCGGUCUAUAUUCUGAAAAAUGUUUAUAUUAAAGUGUUUUAAUUUCUAAA